AUGUUACCCUUCGCAACGAUGCCGGACCGUGCAGAGUCAGCAGGACAGCGCAGCAAGUAUCGCCCGCAUGCGUGGCUGAGAACCGAAUCUCCUGCCUCGCUGGAGGACAGCGCAUCGGCACAAGGCAGAGAAGCAGAGAGGAGGACCAGCGGAGCAGAAGAGGAGAGUGAAGGCAUGGAGCCGUUUUUCAGCAGUUGUCGCGAGAUCCUAAUAGCCGUCGAUAACAGUGAAGGGUCGGAGCUCGCGUUCAACUGGGCGCUCCGGAAUUACUGCAAGCGACACGACCACGUGCGACUAAUACACGUCGUCAGAAACUACAGCGAUGCCAUCGGUACGCUCCCCAAGGAGGCAAUCGCGUGUUUAGAGCAGCAGGCCAUGACGUCAGCGCGAGCCGUCGUGGAAAAGUACAUGCGCCGAUGCGCCCACGCCGAUGUGGACUGCGAUUGGCGGAUAGCGUGUGGCGACGAGAGGGACGUGAUCUGCCGCGAGGUGAUGCGUGUGUGCGCCGACGUGCUCAUUGUCGGCACCAGGGGUCUCCCUGCCGUGAAGAAAGCUCUACUCGGCUCAGUCAGUGAAUAUUGCGCGCACCACAGUGCUUGCCCGGUCAUCAUUGUGAGGCCCAAGGAGCUCAAGUCGGAAGGCAUAGCUGCACAAUGA